AAGACAUUUCAUUACAAAAACACAGACUUCAUUUUUCUCCCUCGAGUUUUUCCUUUUGCCACAAGAGUGUUAAUCACUUUCAGCCAGGAGCAAAGAACUGAACAAGCACAGAAGCAGAAAAUGGCACUUAGCAAAGACCGUGGCAUUACAAUGAAUGAUGGGAACAAAAUCCCCAUAUUGGGGUUUGGAACCUAUACCCCGGACACUGUUCCAAAAAGUAAGGUUGAAGAGGCUACAAAGAUAGCAAUAGAAUUGGGCUUCCGUCAUAUUGAUAGCGCAUAUGUAUACCAGACAGAGGAGCACGUUGGGCGAGCCGUUCGUGCGAAGAUUUCUGAUGGAACAAUAAAAAGGGAAGACAUUUUCUACACUGGAAAACUCUGGAGUACCUUCCACCGCCCUGAGCUGGUUCAGAAAUGCUUAGAAGAAUCGCUAAAGAAACUCCAGUUUGACUACAUGGAUCUAUUCUUAAUUCACAAUCCGUAUUCUAUGAAGCCUGGACCAGAUUUAUUUCCCAUGGGAGAAGACAAAAAACCGAUUUUUGACAACGUAGAUCUUCGGCAGACAUGGGAGGCAAUGGAGGCGUGCAAAGAUGCCGGCUUGGUGAGGUCCAUCGGAGUGUCCAACUUCACCCGUAAGCAGCUGGAAAUGAUCCUGAACAAGCCAGGAUUGAAACACAAGCCAGUGAUAAACCAGGUUGAAUGCCAUCCUUAUCGGAACCAAAGCAAGAUGCUGGCCUUCUGCAAGUCAAACAAUAUCCUCAUGGAAGGAUAUAGUGUCCUAGGAUCCCAAAGGGACCCAAAAUGGUCAAAUCCAGAUGCUCCUCCCCUGCUUGAAGACCCUUUGUUGGUUGCGAUCGCCAAGAAGUACAACAAAAGCCCAGCUCUCGUGGCUAUUUGCUACCAACUGCAGCGCGGCCUGGUGGUCCUAGUGAAGACCUACACCAGAAAGCGAAUUGAGGAAAACAUCCAGGCAUUUUCUUUCCAGCUGUCUGAGGAGGAUAUGAAAUCCAUUGACGGCCUUCACAAGGGCAUGAGCUAUUUAAAAGCGGAAAUCUUUGCUGGUCACCCACAGUAUAACCCACCAGAUGUGGAAUAAGGACUCGUCUCCCAUCUCCAAUUUAUCUCCUUCUGAACCUGGGUCCUUUUUCAUGGAAAACACUAGGCAAAUCUGCCAGUAUCAGUUCCUCCCAGCAUCUCAUUUUCCACUCUUCAGUUUCUCACAUCUCCAUAUCAGUUUGGGAUGGAAAAUAAUCUCAUGAAAAUUCCUCAGUUCAAAUUUCUCCUACCAUACACAUUUUUCUUUGCACUUUUGGCUGAAAUAAAGCAUGUUUGCACAGUGUCUUUAUUGA